AUGGCUGCCGGAAGGUUAUUGCUCUAUGCUGGUCUCUCCUUAGCAUUGUGUGCUUUAGGCAUGCUGGCCGUGGCCAUCUGCUCUGACCAUUGGUACGAAACUGAUGCCAGGAAGCACAGGGAACGGUGCAAAAGCUUCACCACUCGGAGGAAUGACCCUGGUUUCAUUUAUAAUUCUAAUAAUAACCUGCCCCUCAGGGCCAGCAGGUCUAGGCUGGACCGCUGGGAAGGGAAACUUCUCUUGGCAAGAAAUAGGAGGCAGCUCUUUGCCAUGAGUGCCGUUGAUGAGUGCAACAGACAGUACAACUCUACUAACAUGGGGCUCUGGAGAAAAUGCCACCGCCUGGGAUUUGACCAGGACCUGGAGGAACUCAUUGCUAAAGGAGCAAUUGACCAGUGUUCAUACAUCAAGUACCACUACUCCUCAGCAACCAUUCCCAAGAACCUCACCUACAAUAUCACUAAGACCAUCCGCCAGGAUGAGUGGCAUGCCCUGCACUUGCGCAGAAUGACAGCUGGUUUCAUGGGCAUGGCUGUAGCCAUCAUCCUCUUUGGAUGGAUUAUUGGGGUGUUGGGCUGCUGCUGGGAUCGAGGCCUUAUGCAGUAUGUGGCAGGACUUCUCUUCCUCAUGGGAG